AUGUCAUUCAAUCACAAUGACAUCAGUGACAUCUGUCAACUCAACGACGCCAGGAAGGAGGAAUUCCCAGAGAGUUACAAGCAAGAUGGCGGCUUUUCCUACUUUGGUGUCUCAUCAAAUAAAGCCAAACCACUCCCUGAAGAAACGACGAUGACAAUCAAAACAAAUCAAGAAACGUCACAAGCCCAAGCAGCAUCGACUGAACAAAUCACCACAGUUUCAACGGAACUUUCAACAUCAAUACUCGACUCAACAUCAGCAAAAGCAGUCGAUACUAAAGGUCCUUCAAUGAGCUGCGACCGAGAUGUGUUCGGCUUAACCAACGACAGCAAUGCUCCCGCUUCUGUUCAGUGGUGGGAGGUAGAUGCGUAUGACGAAGAAGAUAAGGCUGUGCUCUAUGUCACUUGCAGAGACGAUGCCGAAGGGAGGACUGUCAAAUCAGGUGACUUCUUCAAAGUGGGUACCACUAACGUCACUUGUACGGCGUCGGAUACUGCUGGAAACCCUGCACAAUGUACAUUCUCAGUCACUGUCACAGUUUGUAACAUGAAUCGCCUGGGUAUGGAAAGUGGCGCCAUAGCCGACAAUCAGAUUACUGCUAUGAACGUCUUUGACAACGACAUCAACAACUACGGACCAGCACUAGCUAGGUUGAACAGCAAUGGUUACUGGUGUGGAAUCAAGUGGACUGACACAUGGAUUCAGGUGGAUUUCGGCCACACGGUGGACAUCUACGGCCUGAUCAUUCAGCAGGGACUUUACCAACUAUACCAAAGCCAGAGGAUUUUUUAUCUGAUGUAUGGAGAUGAUGAAAACUCAUUGAUGUAUCUAGAGGGUCGGGGUCGAAUGUACUAUGUAGCCGAACCGAGAUCUGCUGGUGACGAUGUUUUGAUCUCUGUCCAGACCUCAUCACAGCAGAGAAUGAUUCGAACAAGAUUCAUCCGCAUAGAACUCUGGUUGUGGAUGGGAGAUCUGUGCAUGCGCUUCGAAAUUAUCGGCUGCAACUGAACACAACAACGGCAAUAAAAAUAUUACUCGGGUGGGAUUCGAAUCCAUGACCUUUUUAAAA